AUGGCGUGUGCAGCACGAGCAAUGGCAAUGCUUGCGGUUUUCGCAUUUCCUCUCCGAACGAAGCCUGGCAAGCAUUGCAUGCCGGUUCUGAUGUGCAACCGAGCAUACCGACGCAGUGGCGGUGCCCGACGGGACCGCGAUCUGGAUCAUAGGACGAGCUUGAGUAUUCGUCUGAUCUUGACGCCGACCUAUAUCUUGACACCAUCCGACAAGGGGACAGACCUGGACACUUCCGUUUGGGCUCUGCUAGCGGACUGCCAAGGCAAGUUCGCCCUUAGCAGCACCUGGCUGCAGGGCUGUCGCACGCGGGAAGUGAUCAGCUUUGGCAUUACAGCCUGGGCCGCUGGAUCCAUCUGUUCGAUGCUGUCCGGUGACCUGGCAGCAUAUUCGUCUAGCGUGGAUGCACGCGUCGUGCAGGAAGCGCUGGAACUGGCCACACUGCGUGUUGCACGAGGCAUGACACGCCGCCUGAGCUUGCUAUUGCGAGCUGGCUUCGUAUGCUGGUGUGCAGCCGUUCAGAGAGGCCGCGAGUUCCGGACUUUGGUGCCAGUCCUUCUCGAGUCUGUCUCGGAUGUUUUUGAAGCGCAUGCGCUGCGCAGCGAAUGGUCGGCUUGGCAGCAAUGGUGGUGCCACGUUGGGGAGUGCAGAGCCGCAGACACCGAAGAGUUGCUGCUGUUAUGCCUCUGCGCCUGGCGACAAAGCUCCGUGGAGCAGCGCCACAAGCGUGGGGUGCAUCUGCUCUGCGAGCGCUACCGUCACACACGCACCAAGCGGAAAGUCCUGCAUUUGUGGCAACGUCGCUUGAGGCAGCUCUCCCUGGUCAUACAGUCCGUCCACCUUUGGACUGCAUCUCGUGCCACACUCUGGGCGCAGACCGUGGCAAUGGCUUGGCACGGCUGCGUGGUGCGGCGCCGACGGAGCCAGGUCGCCGCAAUCCGGCUUCUGUGGCAGAGGAGGGCGCGUUUGCUGUCUUCUUGGCGGCUUCUCCUUCUGCGACGCCUGGCUGGGCAGGGCGUGGCGGAGGCUGUACUUCUCUCCCGGGCGCUGCGUUGGAUCCGGGCCUGGCGACUCUGGGCCUUCUCGCAUGCGCGGAAGAGGGAAGCGGACGAAGUGAAAGCGACAUUCGUGCGUCAGUCGCGGCAACGGUGGUGGGUGGAGCGUUGGUGCUCGGUCUGCCGCUUGAACCGUCUGGUGGAUGUGGCAGAGAAGUGGGAUGGUCAAGUCCUUUGUCGGCAGUUGGUCCGCAGAGCCUUCAGGGGCUGGUCGGCGCUGAUGGGCCUGUACGCCUGCGCGGAGAAGGCUGCGACAAGGGUGGGCGAACUUCGCAUGUCUCGCAUGCUGCGUCUUUGGUCCUUCCUCCUGCGAGUUGGAGAAAAGCGGCCGCAUCAAAUCAUGCAAAGCACCAUUGACAGCUGGAAAGCUGCACGGAGCCGCAACACAGAAGUUCGGCAGGGUCUGUACAGGCUUGGCCGUUGGACGAAGGAUCCGGUUUUCCAGCAGUGGAAGUUGCCACUUGGGCUAGUCUCGCAGCACGUUUCGCUAAGCCACGUGGUGCUUGGUGCUCCUGGGGGUACCUCAGAGACCGUAGGCGACGUCAGGGCCUUGUGGGCAGCGGCAGGACACGGCUCAGAUUUGAUGUCGUUGUUUGCUGCAUUACAGGGAUGUGUGGCGGCUGUGACGCAGACGACGAAAAGUGCUUCUAUUGUGACUGCUUAG